AUGAGAUCCCUCUCCAACAACCCGAUGGCGGACCGUGCCUCUCUGAGGCUUAAAUACGCAAAGGCUGCCUCGGAUCUCCUCAAGGCACUCAGCUCUGACCCAAAGCUCACGUACUCAAGCAAUGACCUCACGAAACUCCGAGUUAGUCUUGGAUCCUUCAAUCCUGUGGAUCGAAAUUUUAUCACGUCCAACUUUUGCCUCUUCAAACCGAUGUCUUCUGAGCAGGUCAUGGAAUACUCGCUCGAUGUGUCGCAACAACCUGAAGGCACUCGCAACUUAUGCAAUAACUAUGACGAGAUGUACCAACAUCCCACAGGUGUGACAGGCCGUCAUCUUUCGGGCACUAUGAGUGACAACGCAGAAACCACCUUCCUUUACCUGAAUAGACACGUUGAAAGCUCAUACAAAAAGACAAUGCACUGGCCCGAAUCUCUUGCUGAAGCCUCAAAUUGGAACCAAAUCAGGGACGGCAACCCAUUCUCAGAUCUUCCAUGGGGGCUACUCGGGGGCUAUUCCUUGACUAGCCAGAUCCCAUCUUGGGAUGUGCGGGCUGAUUACGAAUGGCAAUAUGACUACCGUGACCCAGGAACGAUUUACCCGCACAUGAUGCUCGUCAUGAAAACCGGUGCAGUUGCUAUCGAAGGUGAACUGCUUUUUUGCGAGCUAGGAUGUAUCACCCAGGUGAUUCAAAAUCGUUUGCAACAAAAUGAAUUCGAAAAGACCUCGCUUUUCCCGGUGUUGAUCAUCUCGCUGUUCGGACCACGCCACGGACGUCUCAUUCAGGCUAGAUUCAACAAGUCUGGUGUAUUGAAGGUCAGGGCCUCGCCUAUCUACAGCUUCGUGCGCAAGGACGAGGCACCUUGGAAUCUUUUUCUACGCUAUUACGCCUGUGAGCCUCGCGAUGGACCAGAGAUCGAAUUUGGUGACGAUGAGGGGGAUAUUGUAUCCCCGGAGACGCUCGAGUAUGUUCCCCCUCUGAAUGGUGCCAGCAAGAAUACAAACGCACCUGUUCAGGCCCCCAAAGGCGCCCUCAAUCUACUGGAAUCUGAGAAGGAAAAUGCUUGGCCUGUGGAAGACGAGACCUCAUCAUGCCAUGAUCUUUGA